CAACAUUACACAGCAGUUAUGAGGCUAAGCUGCUGAACGGUGACAAACAUCACGGCUUCUUCUUCUGUGCGGUUUGAAAGCGGUUGGAGAAAAGACGAGAAGAAACCGAAGGGACAUUAAUGGACAUCAGUAACUCCAGCAAAUUAACCUUCGUCAUCCUCAGGCUGCACCGAGUCAGUGCAGUGUCAACCGGAAAUGGGACGAGUCUGCCUUCAAUAUAAGAGCACAAAAUUCAGCACCGCCGUGUAACCAAUUAAACCCCACCCAGCGGGGCUCCAGUGUGUAACCUGAAGUACCCACUGGCCUCACUCGGGACAACCAGUAAGGCGCCGCUGGGGACGGCGGACCGCUACCAGGAUCAUGUGGGAGAAAACGUUCCUGCUGCUGCUUCACUGUGUCGAAGCCGUAGUGACGUCUCAGUGCUGGCAGGGGGCGACCUUCUCUGAGGCGGUGGUUUCUCCGGCGGUGGAGAGCAGUGGCAUCCUGCGGGUACCCGGCGUGGCGUCUCUGCCGCAGUGCGUGGCGGCGUGCUGCGACCUGCCGGGUUACGACCUGGCCUGGCUGUUCGAAGGCCGCUGCUACGUACUCAACUGCCAGCAGAGGGAGAACUGCCAGCCCCGAGAGAGACCAGGGGCCGACUCCAUCCUCGCCUUCCUGCGGAGAGCGCCGCCGCAGACGCUGGUGCUGCAGUCCCUGGUGAGAGGAGAGCCGUACGGCAGCCGCUGGAGGUCCAUCUCACGGUCCUCUGACGCCCCCGGGAGCCUGGAGGCCCUAAAGGAUCUCGCCUUGUUUGAUGGGCCUCAGAAGGACUUUUCCAACCCCAGCAUGCUGGAUGUGCAGUAUUCAGAGGGAAGCCAGGAGGAAAGGGCAGAUCACAGCUUGGAGGUGGAGACGACGACUGAUCAGCCGUCGUUCAAAGGAAGAGACAGGUUUAACCAAUCAGAGGCUGAGGAUGGUCCAGAGAGGGGCCUGAUGGGAAGCAGCAUGGCCCAGAAUAGGACCUCCUCGGGGGGGAACAUCAGUCAGGGAGAGGAGGACAAAACCGGAGCUGAUCCUGCUGCUGCAGAGAAAACAAGCAGAACAAAAGGCAGCACUGAGUCGGUGUUAACGCUACAGACGCCAACCACUGACUCCACCCAGCAGGACCAGGCAACAACGUCACUUCCUGUCCCUGCCACGUCCCACUGGCCCAUCAGGACAUCUGCACAGCCAGAUCCACCCCUGAUGGUGUCCCCGGGAAACCGUCCAGAGUUGACAACACCCUCAGUUAAUUUAGAUGCUUCAGUUUUCCCCGAAUCCACAACUGACACGUUGAAGGUGUUCCAGUCAGCAAACGGAGCUCCACCAACCACCACCCGACCCUCAGCCGCAGCCGUGACCUCUGACCCCACCAGCACAGCCUUAACCUACAGCACCAGCCCGCCAGCAACCACCCUGUCCUCCACUGCUGCAGAGUCUGCAUCACAGCUCGGGGGGUCAAACCGUGGCCCGGUAGCCAUUGUGGGUCCUGACAGGAAACUGUCUCUCCCGGUGAGCAGCUUGGUGCUGGACGGCAGCAGAAGCAGCGAUGACCGCGGCAUCGUCAGCUACCACUGGGACGCCGUCAGACUCACCUGGUGGUUUUCCAGCGGCCCCCCAGGACUGAAGCUGGAGGGUGAAGACCAGGCAGUAGCCACGGUGACGGGCCUUCAGGCGGGACGAUACACCUUCAGACUGAGCGUCUCUGACCAGGAGGGCGUGAUGGACAGCACCUCGCUGACUGUCAGAGUCCAGGAAGCCAGAAGUCUUCUUCCCGUUGCUCAUGCGAGCGGCAGCCACACUCUCACUCUGCCCAACAACUCUCUGGUCCUUCGAGGCUCCGUCACCAACGGAGACCAGGCUGAGGUCCACUUCCUGUGGGUCAGAGACAGCCAGAGUCCUGCUGCCGGGGACGUUCUGUACGACUCGGAGACUCAGGCCUCCUUGUACCUGGCCAACCUGGUUGAGGGCACCUACCUGUUCCAGCUGAGGGUGACCGACGCUCAGGGGCGCUCCAACACGGCCGCCGCCACCGUGGAGGUCCGACCAGAGCCUGGCGGUGGGGAGGAGGUGGAGCUGGAGAUGUUGGUGUCGGUGUCUCAGGUCAGCGUGGCUCAGAGGGACACGGUGGUCCAGCAGCUCGCUGCUCUGCUCCACGUUCUCGACAGCGACAUCCAGGUCCGAGCCCUGCAGGGACACUCGCACCUCAGCACGGUGCUGCGCUUCUCGGUGUGGGGCCCCUCGGGGCCCAUCUCUGGCUCCAGGCUGGUGGGUCUGCUGAGAAACCAGCUGCUCAGAGAGAAGAGCGACUACCUGCUGUUCAGAGUGCUGAGGGUCGACACCGUCUUGUGCCUGCUUCGCUGUUCGGGGCGGGGCCAGUGUGAUCCAAUCACCAAGCAGUGCACAUGCGACCCCUUCUGGACGGAGAACCUGAUUCGUCGUUACCUUGGCGACGGAGAGAGCAACUGUGAGUGGAGGGUUCUGUACGUCAUCCUGAGCAGCUUCGUGCUCGUGGUCUUCAUCCUGUCCGUCGGCUGGACCUUCAUCUGCUGCUGCAAGAGGAGGAGACAGACCAAGGUGAGGAAGAAGACCAAGUACACCAUCCUGGACAACAUGGACGAACAGGAGCGGGUGGAGCUCAGACCCAAAUUCACAGGUAUCAAGCACCGCAGUACAGAGCACAACUCCAGCCUCAUGAUGUCAGAGUCCGAGCUGGACAGUGACCAGGACACCAUCUUCAGCCGGGACCGACCCAUCCACAGCAGGAACCGGCUCAGCACCCAGGCUGCCCGAAAUGGAAACGCCUUCGGCUGACGUGGACGGGACAAACCUGGGCUGUUCGCACUCUGACAGCCCCGGAGAAGUUUGAAGGACUUCAGUAUCCAGAAAACCUCUGCUGUGAGAUCUGUAAAUUUUAGGGUCAAACUCUCUUGGAGGAUUUGACGACUUGUGGCCAGGACAAGCCUGUGACUCUUUACACUGGAUAAUAAAAGGCUGAAGCACCCUGAUUUUGGUGAAAAAAACAAACAAAAAAAGACAACCUUGAUGACCUGUGCUGGCAUAUCCAGGCUUCUUGAGAAGAAUCAUCUUCCCACAGCCAGAUGAGAAUACCAUUAGUUUUAUCUUUGGGGUUAGCCUAGCUUAGCACAACGACCGAGACCGGGGGAAACCUCCAGGUCUAUCUGAUUUACAUGUCGUAUCAUAUUAGCUAACAAGCUGGUCGCCAAUCCAUCGAGUCAGCUGGGUUUAGAUGACUUCAUCACCAUUGCUGAGCCAACUCUAUAUGGCCCCAGAUGCUAAAUGGACCCAGCUAACUCAAAUUUAACUGGACCUGACGUUAACUUUACCCAGAUUGCUAUGCUAACUAUAGGCUAACUCAGACUAAUUGACUGCAAGUGGUAAGUCUGACUUAGCUGGGCUAAUGAAAGCUAACUCUAUCAAUAAGAUCUGAGCUAGGAGGACUUAGAAGCCAACUCUAAGCUAACAGACUUGCACUUAUAUGAUGGAACAUAUAAAUCAGAGAGUUCUGGAUGUGUUCAAAGUUCUGUGUAUGUUGUUAUUUUCUUGAAUAUUUAAAAGUUUUAAAUGCUUGGAUUUAAUUCAUGUGAGCUCAUCUUCUGUGCCUGUUUGGUGUUUUGUAACAAAUCAAAUGACGGAUAAACUUUUAAAAAGAUA